UCUUAUAGAUGGAGAAGCCAAAUGUCUCCACGAACAUGGUGGGCGAGACUAUUGCAUGCACGAGCGAAGACCUGCAUCAACAUAUCUCGAACGUCAUAGUAAGAGACGACUCUCACAAGCACUGCGUUCGCAGUCCUGGGAGAGGGGUGGCAGGUAACGAUACAAACCUGGAAUCGACGUUGCAAAUGGAAUCAGAGGGCCUCUUGGGUGUCAUUAGCGUUGCUGGCACCAAGGACGCGGAUAACGGCGAAGGGACAGGCGACGGAGACACUCCGAUGUGCACAGUUCCGAGUGACACAAUCACCAAGACUGAAGCAGGAACGCAUUUCCUGUACGAUAUCAACUGGGAGCCCGGCAAGGUGCAGCCAGGCUUGAUUGGGGCUCAACACUGCUUUGCCUUCAAGACCGGUGAUACAUGGGUUCCUUAUUCUCCGCCAAAUUUGGCAACAUGGCGGUACAUAAUGGCUGCCAUUAUUUUCGACCGACUGACAAGGCUGAAUGACGGCGUUGCGCUUCUAGAUCUGAUCAAAAGCACGCAUGUCCUUUGGGAGGCGUUGGCAGAAAGGGGGGGCUUACGGCUCAAUGACUUCUUUUACGAUCAUGAGGAGUGCUCCCAACAAUGGGUGAUUUCUGACAGCAACUGGGUUGGGGAGGGAGUGUGUAAGGAGAAUGAUGCAAGGCGGGAUGCGCAGUGGGUUUGGGUGCCAUCAAGCAUUCCUUGUGAAUAUGGGGAGAUAAGGAUGCUUGUGCGCGAUCUCAUGGGGAACUGUUGGGGCACAGUUUAUGUAAAUGGGGAUUUCUUGUCUCGUUGUUUGGAGUAUGAGAUGGCGGAGUCCGUUGAUGCUGCGACAGGGAGACGUCUGAUCCCACUGGAGAACCCCGUGUUUUCGCCAAUUGUAGAGGGGAAAGUGUUUUCUGGGGAAGACAACAUUUGUCUGCGGCACAUCAGAGGAAGGGAGGUCACUUAUGAUGGUCUCUUCGUUAGUAUAUGGGACCCCGAGAGGACAACGACGGAGAGGCUGCCAGAUAUUGACAUAUCUGCCACUGUUUUUCCACAAACGGAGUUGAGCACACAUUCAUCUGCGGAGAUGUACGGGGCAGACCUGUCCAUGGAGUUCAGAGACCCUUUGGGUGUUCCGUUUCUGGUGACGUACUCUGAUGGUUUGUUACGGCACAUAGAGUACAUGGCAGGGGAAGACAUGAAAGGGAACAAUGAGAAUGCGGGGAUUGGAGAACUUGAGUCCGAAGAGACGAGACAACCGGCAGGCGAGGUGAACGGACCCCCACACGACGGCCCCGGGGGAUGCGACGUUGACGGUCCGGUUGCAGACUCGGGUGCAGGACGUGUUGUUGUGGGGAUGAGCGUGCCGGUGACCGGCACAGUGUGCACCGAUGGCAGCAGGCGGACGGGCCAAGGAACGAAGCAGAAGGCAACAAGUCCAAGGAAUUUUGCCCCAGCUGCGAAGCACGCGUCGCAUGAUGUCAUUGUUUAUGACGAUGAGCGCUGGGGAGAAGUAACAGUGCACCCUUUCCUGCUGAAUUAUAUUCAAGAUUACCCUGAGAGGUGCGCCAUCGCAACGGUUCGAUACAGUGUUUGCGCGACAUGCACAGUGUCAAAAUCACAUUUUGAUUUCAUUGCGGACUUCAAUAACUGUCGUCGAUCACAAAGCAGGGAACGUGCACUUCUAACUGAAUUCCACACGACAGACAACGAUGAUGUUCGUCGCUUGGGGAAGACACAAUUGUCAAACUUGAACAUGCACACGCAUGUGAAAGAGAACGGCUUGUGGGGGUUUUAUAGAGGUCCUGAAGACGAUGAUCCGAUGUUCGACUACCACCUGGCUCUGCAACCAGACCGCAUGCACACCAUUGAGCACGGCAUUUUUUUGCACAUGUUAGACGCUUUCAAAGCAGCUGCCUUUGACAAGUUAAGCCACGUCCCACAAAGCCAUGUGUUGAAGGAGUUGGAUGCGAGGUUGCAGACGUUGAGCGAGAGAAGUAGUACUACGUAUCCGCAACUUGUGCUACCUGUUGCAACAGGUUGCUACUACUUUUCACGAGAGGGCCGUUUCGAAGCUAAGCAGAACCGGUCGAUCAUGACAGUGUGCGUAUUCAUAGUGUCCAACAUAGUCCCCGAUUCAGUAGGGAAACGAAUAACAUCUUGUUUCAAGAAACUAAUGGAACUGUACAUCUCAAUGUUCCGGUGCACAAAGCAUUCAAGUCAUUCGCUUGACGCAUGUGACAAUCUGAUGACGGACUUCAUAACAACCCUCAAACAGGUCCUGGGUCGUUAUGAAACCUCCAACAGGAAAGUGUCGAAGUUACAUGACCUUCUGCAUUUGAGGGCGUGCAUCGAACAUUCAGGCCUCCCUGACAGCUUCGCGGCCGAUGUCUGGGAGCACCACCACCAGAAGUUUUGCAAACAGCCUUUCCUGUCGCCGAACAAGCGCAAAGCCUCAUUUCAAAUGGUAAAUCACGUGCGAAGGACAGUCGCAUUCGACGACGACAUUGACCGUGCACGGAAACACAGGAAGAGGACAACUGAAAAUUGGUCGUCGGUCAUGGAGUGCUCGGCACGUGGAAUGAACACACUUGCCACACGCGACACGGCAAAGAUGCAACUCCGAUAUUUCCCCCGAAAAAAUGCAGGAACAAAUGGGAACGAAGGUGCGACGGGAACCGUCAAAGCAAUAUUGGAUGCCCUCCCGUGCAAGGAGUUAUUUCUAGAAGCUCUUCACACGUACAUGUCGAAAAACGGGUGCAAUCCACCGCCAGAGGACAUGUUAAUACGCACUAGAACGCAUCUUGCCAUCGCAGCAACAGGCGAUGGAACAACCAAGGGCGCACUUGUGCAAACUGCAAGGGCUUCACCCAACUUCCACGGGAAAGCGGUGCACAGUGAUGUGUUUGUGAGGGCACAGACAGGAAGCAGAAGGGAGGAUAUUCGACUGGGGGAGGCCGAUGUGAUGUGCUUGGCCGUUGGGAACUGGCUCAAUGACAAUGUAAUGGACAUGUAUUUGCAGUCGGUAUACGAAGAGCAAUGUCAAGGUAAGGACACCGCAGAAGUGCAUGUGUGCACAACGUUUUGGAAUCCGCAAUUGCUCGCUAAUCAACAAGGUGACACAGCGAAAAGGGGAUGGGAGUUGCGUGUGAAGAGUCGAACGACCAAAGUCCAUCGACAGUGUAAAGACCUCGAGGUUGCACCGGUUGUGCUUAUUCCAAUUAACCACAAGCAUCAUUGGAUGCUGCUCAUAUUGUUGAAUGUAAGGGAGUUUUGGACCGAUGGCAUAAUCGUCGACUCGUGUCACGGGUAUGCAAGUCCGGAUUGGAAGGCGUUGCGGACAUUAUUGUGGCACGAGUACCUCAACGACAACAGAAGGGGUCCGGAUGUCACACGGCAACUGGUGGGCAAGUCGUGGAACACUUGCAGAGACGUGUUUGGUCGUGGACUCAUCCAUGCGAGGUGUUCACAACAAAGUAACAGAGAGGAUUGUGGUGUGUAUGUAUGUUGCAUGGCAGAAGAGUUGAUAACUAAGCUUGCACAUCCCCCAACACGGAAUGGCAUCUCGAACGACGACGUACUGGAGAUUGUAGCGAAGAUGCACAUCGAUGAAAGAAUUGUUCGAGACUUCCCCGUCAGAGCUCUCGAUCGCAUUGCAGAGUGCGCAGCAGCAGCAAAAGGUCACAAGAGUGUUGGAGCACAUCGCACGCUAGCUCGUGCGAUUAGAGCGAAGAUAAAAAAAGACGGUGGCGAACUGCCUUAGACAACGGCGCAAGUGGCAUGCCGGCGGGACGAUGAUUGGGGGGGGGG